AUGACGUCGUGUCAAAGUUUCAACGUUGCCCCGACACAGCAGCCCAUGACUAUUGGCGAGAAGUAUCCGUACAAAUCCGGCAGCCGACGCCACUCGCAUUUGCAGCCAGCACCGCACACGCUGCUCAGGCGCUCUUGUCUACGCAAGGAGAGCGCCUUCAUGUAUGGCGGCGCCUCGCGCAGUUCGCGUCUGGACGAGCUGUCCCCAACCAAGAUGAUCACAAUCAGUUACUCGUUCACACCAAAGAAAAGUAUCUCGUUUGCGGACCAGCACGACCAGCCUCUCGUGCUGGAGCGGGAGUUUAGCCCCACAGACGCACCUGUGUGCUACUGCGACGUCCCCAUCGAAGUCACAGCUGGUCGUCUGACGCGUCGAUGCAGCAGCAGCAGUUUGGAAGAGUGGAUCACAGAUACCGUAGCAGGCCAGCACUUGCUGUCCAUGUGCGUUGUUUCGCUAUUGGGCUGUGCUCUUAUCGGCCUCCGCCAGACGGUCAAGUAG